CGCAUGCGCAGCGCGGAGUCCCGGCCCGGGACACAAGAUGGCGGCAGCGGCGCUGGGGAGGGCGAGGCGGAGGCGGCAAAACGGGCGGUCGAGCAGAACGUGUAGUCGCAUCCCUUCGAGUCCGCUCCGGGCAGCUGCUGAUACAAGGACCCCCUUGAGCCCCUGUUCACUGUACUGUUGACCAGCCCACUCACCUGUGCCGAGCCAGCCUGCAGGCCUUUCCCCUACUUUGGUUGGACCCUGUGACGUGGGGUCCAUCGACUGGAGAAGAAAACCUCUCAUGCUAGCGUUGCAGACCCCAGAGGUCUUCUGGCAGGUCCAGUGUGGUGGGUGCUGAAAUGGCCAAUGAAAAUCAUGGCAGCCCCCGGGAGGAAGAAUCUCUGCUGAGUCACUCCCCAGGCACAUCCAAUCAGAGCCAACCCUGCUCUCCAAAACCCAUACGCCUGGUGCAAGACCUUCCAGAGGAGCUGGUGCAUGCAGGCUGGGAAAAGUGCUGGAGCAGGAGGGAGAACCGUCCUUACUACUUCAACCGAUUCACCAACCAGUCACUGUGGGAGAUGCCUGUGCUUGGCCAACAUGAUGUGAUUUCGGACCCUUUGGGGCUGAAUGCAACUCCACUGCCCCAAGAGUCAAGCUUGGUGGAGACUCCCCCAGCUGAGACCAAGCCCCGAAAACGGCAGCUCUCAGAAGAGCAACCAAGUGGCAAUGGUGUGAAGAAGCCCAAAAUUGAUAUCCCUACAACACCCACGGGCCCACCUGUGCCCAACUCUCCCAGUGUCCCAGGGACCCCAACACUGAAGAUUUGGGGAGCAUCCGCUGAAGAUAAACAGCAGGCAGCUCUCCUUCGACCCACUGAAGUAUACUGGGAUCUGGACAUCCAGACCAACGCUGUCAUCAAACACCGGGGACCUUCAGAGGUGCUGCCGCCACAUCCUGAGGUGGAGCUACUCCGCUCCCAGCUCAUCCUGAAGCUUCGGCAGCACUACCGGGAGUUGUGCCAACAGCGAGAAGGCAUUGAGCCUCCUCGAGAAUCUUUCAACCGUUGGAUGUUAGAGCGUAAGGUUGUGGACAAAGGCUCUGACCCCCUAUUGCCGAGCAACUGUGAACCAGUUGUGUCACCUUCCAUGUUUCGUGAAAUCAUGAAUGACAUUCCCAUCAGGUUAUCCCGAAUCAAGUUCCGUGAAGAAGCAAAGCGCCUGCUCUUUAAAUAUGCAGAGGCUGCUAGGCGGCUCAUUGAGUCCAGGAGUGCAUCCCCUGACAGCAGGAAGGUGGUCAAGUGGAAUGUGGAGGACACCUUCAGCUGGCUUAGGAAGGACCACUCAGCCUCCAAGGAGGAUUACAUGGACCGCCUGGAGCAUCUGAGGCGGCAGUGUGGCCCUCAUGUUUCGGCUGCUGCCAAGGACUCUGUAGAAGGCAUCUGCAGUAAGAUCUACCACAUUUCCCUGGAGUAUGUCAAACGGAUCCGAGAGAAGCACCUUGCCAUCCUCAAGGAGAACAACAUCUCAGAAGACGUAGAGGCCCCAGAGGUGGAGCCCCGCCUGGUGUACUGCUACCCAGUGAGGCUGGCUGUGUCUGCGCCCCCUAUGCCCAGUGUGGAGAUGCAUAUAGAGAACAACGUCUGCAUCCUCCGGUACAAGGGAGAGGUGGUCAAGGUCAGCCGCAACUACUUCAGCAAGCUGUGGCUCCUCUACCGCUACAGUUGCAUUGAUGACUCUGCCUUUGAGAGAUUCCUGCCCCGAGUGUGGUGUCUUCUCAGACGAUACCAGAUGAUGUUUGGUGUGGGCCUUUAUGAGGGGACAGGCCUGCAGGGAUCACUGCCUGUGCAUGUCUUCGAGGCCCUCCACCGGCUCUUUGGUGUCAGCUUUGAGUGCUUCGCCUCGCCUCUCAACUGCUACUUCCGCCAGUACUGCUCUGCCUUCCCAGACACAGACGGCUACUUUGGCUCCCGAGGACCCUGCCUGGACUUCUCUCCCUUGAGUGGUUCCUUUGAGGCCAACCCUCCAUUCUGCGAGGAGCUCAUGGAUGCCAUGGUCUCUCACUUUGAGAAACUGCUUGAGAGUUCACUGGAGCCCCUGUCCUUCAUCGUGUUCAUCCCCGAGUGGCGGGAACCCCCCACACCAGCGCUCACCCGCAUGAAGCAGAGCCGCUUCAAACGCCAUCAGCUGGUCCUGCCUGCCUUUGAGCAUGAGUACCGCAGUGGCUCCCAGCACGUCUGCAAGAAGGAGGAAAUGCACUACAAGGCCGUCCACAACACAGCGGUGCUCUUCCUACAGAAUGACCCUGGCUUUGCCAAGUGGGGGCCAACGCCGGAGCGGCUACAAGAACUAAGCACCACUUACCGGCAGUCAGGUCGUAGCCAUAGCUCUGGCUCUUCCUCAUCAUCCUCGGACACCAAGGACCGGGACUCAGGCCGAGAGCAGGGUCCUAGCCGUGAAUCUCAUCCCACUUAACACAUCCUGCGGGGAGGAGGAGCCCCAGGGUGCUGAUACGGACUUUUAGGACUCAGGCUCCUUGGGGCUGAGUGGACUCCAGGACCCUCCCCAUGGGGUGGCAGCAGGACUCAGGCUGCCAAUGACAUAGGAAGAUUAUAACUCUGCCAAGGCUCCCCCUCCCUGCCCCAACACCCAACUUUCCACCUCAGACUCACUCCAAGACCCCUGUAAAUAGAUCCCGAUGCCUUCCCCUUCCUCAUCCUCUAUCCUAUUGUCACCUUGUUUCAUUUGUAAAAGAAAAUACAGAAACCCCAAGAAUGUG